CUCUCAGAUCUGUGCUGUGGAAGGAUCAACAGUGGACAUACCAUGUUCUUACACAUAUCCAUCCAGAGGGAAUGAGCAUGACACCGUAGUUUGGAGAUCUUUCUGGUUUGUGAAAAUGAGUGGAAACGACCCUUUGGAUCUGAGAAACGACCCAGAUUACAGAGGUCGUGUGGAGUAUCACUUUUAUGAUAACAGCUGCAGCCUGAGGAUCACCAACGUCAGACAGAGCGACUCAGCUGAGUACAGAUUCAUGUUCAUGACAAACCAACCAGAGGGAGGAGUUACUGGCUCACCUGGAGUCACUCUGUCAGUCACAGGUGUCCAUGGUCAAUCCUGCACCAGAGUGACAUACGAUGUCAGAAACAUCUGUGCACCUAAAGGCUCAUCAGUGGACAUUUCAUGCACCUACUACAGCUAUGGAGGUCCUGAAUCAAAGUUUUGGUUCAGUCCUGAUCGUAGUCAUCAGUGGAAGAGAUGCACAGAGCCUGAAGACCUCAGCAAAGACCCCCAGUAUGCAGGUCGUGUCCAGAUCUCUGAAAUCCGGAGUAGACAGUCCUCUCUGAGAAUCUCUGAGCUGAGAGAGAGCGACUCUGCUCAGUAUCACUUCAAAUUUAAAACAGAAUAUGUCAAAUGGGGGAACAGCUUCGCUGGUACAACUCUGACUGUCACAGCUCUCCAGGUGAAGGUGAUCAGUGUAAAAGUCCACCAGGAUUAUAUUGAGGCAGAGCUGAGGUGUCACAGCAGCUGUAGUCCUGCUGGUGGUAUUUCUUAUACCUGGUUGAAGAACGGACAGAAAAUCCCGAGUGCUGAAAACUCUUCUCAUAGAUUUCGGCUUUAUCCAGGAGAUUUUAUGUCUUGUGCUUCAAAAGGACUUGAAAAUUACGCCUCACCCUCUGUGUAUGCUCCAGGGCUUCCCUCUGUAUCAAUGAGUCCCUCUGCUGAGAUAGUGGAGGGCAGUUCAGUGACUCUGACCUGUAGCAGUGAUGCUAACCCAGCAGCUAAUUACACCUGGUACAAGGAGAAUGAAGACUCACCUCUAGCUUCAGGACAGAUCUUCACCAUCACUGAAUUUAACUCUAAUCAUAGUGGGAAUUAUAACUGUGAGGCCAAGAACAAAAUAGGACGUCAUCACUCCACCUUCACUCUGACUGUUGUUGUGACAGGGAGCUCAGCAUCCAUAGCAAACAUCUCCAGGAUAACUCUGGGACUCUUGGUGAUGAUUCUUCUUCUUCUCCCCUUGAUUCUGUGGAGGAGGAAGAAGGACAUUAUGGAGGCUGAACCUGCAGAAGCAAUGGAGUUAAACUCUGAUCCUGCGUACGAGAACAUCUCAGCCGUCACUGCAGCACAGAGAGAAGACAGAGAGGAGCAGGAAGAUGCUGUAUGAAGUCCUCAGGUUAGAGCCUCCUGCACUGAAUAAACAGACCCACUGUAGAUUUACAGUCAUCUAUGUCACAUGUUACAACCAUACUAUACCAGUAUUCCAUUCACUUUCCUGUCAUGUUCUUUAAAUGCUGUUGAAUCAGGAGAAGACUUCCUGUGGAGAAGUGGGGACAUUUACCUUCAGCUGCUGUAGGCUGAUAUGAAUUCAUGUUAAACUGUUACUGAGAGACAAAAAUCAGGUUGAAAACAGAUAUAAAAUAAUGUUAUGAUUACCAACACAGAAAGUGUAAUGCAGACAAAACAUCAGCAAUAAACUGGUUUUCAUUUCCUUGUCAAAAAAGGGGACAAAGAUAAAAUCUAUAAUUAACUCU